AUGAAUACGAGAAACAACUGUACACAGUAUCGAAAAUUCCCGUUCUCUGUCGGCUUCCUGAGGAGAAUACCAUCAAUACUGUCGACGUUGAUGUGUUUGAUGUUCGUGAUCUCUCUUGUACAUGGCGCUUGUGCAACCGAUCAAGCAGAUAUGGGAUGCGGGGAACAUCCUCUUAAAGGAAUCCUCUCAAAUCUCGACUCUAAACAUCCAAAUCUUUCAUCGGAUCAAGUCGUGCGCCUUUUGUUGGCUGUUCAAAAGCGAUACCCCCGUUUGUGGAGAGCCUACGAGGCGGCUCUCGAUCAAUACACGAAUUGCCGUCUGAUGGCCACUUCCGGAUCACUUGGA